AUGACAGAACUGCCGGAGGUGGAAGCAGCGCGGCGGGCGCUGGAGGCGCACUGCGUGGGCCACCCCAUCACGCGCUGCGCCGUCGCGGACGACUCCAAGUCCAAGCUCGUCGCCGCCGCCGCCGGGGUAAGAACCAUGGUGGGCAGGACCAUCGUGGCCGCGCGCCGGAGGGGCAAGAACCUCUGGCUCUGCCUCGACGCCCCGCCCUUCCCCUCCUUCCAGUUCGCGAUGGCAGGUGCGAUCUACAUAAAGGGCGUUGCCAUCACAAAGUACAAGAGAUCAGCUGUCAACUCCGAGGACGAGUGGCCGUCCAAGUACUCCAAGUUUUUCGUUGAGCUUGAUGGCUUGGAGUUUUCCUUCACUGAUAAGAGGCGCUUUGCAAGAGUUCGGUUAUUUGAUUAUCCUGAAACUGUACCUCCAAUUUCUGAGCUAGGUCCGGAUGCUCUCUUUGAGCCGAUGUCCGUUGACAAUUUUGUGGACUCACUGACCAAGAAGAAGAUUGGAAUAAAAGCCCUUUUACACUAUCAGAGCUUCAUACAAGGCAUUGGUAAUUGGAUUGCACACGAGGUGCUUUACCAGUCGAAAACCCAUCCAUUGCAGAUUGCUUCAAGCCUAACAAGGGAGAGUUGUGAAGCAAUACACCAAAGCAGCCAAGAGGUUGUGAAAUAUGCUGUUGAUGUUGAUGCUGAUUGUGAUCCCUUUCCUGUGGAAUGGUUGUUUCAUCACCGCUGGGGCAAGAAGCCUGGUGAAGUCGAUGGAAAGAACAUUGAAUUCAUAACAGCUGGUGGCAGGUACUACAGCCUAUAUAUGUGCCACAACUACAGAAGCUGUCUGGGACCCAAUCUAACAAAAAGGUAG